AUGCACGCCGCACCGCAUCCCCGCUUCUCCGUCCUCUCCGCCUCCGCACUCCAGAGCAACGAGCACCUGUCCCCCGCCGCGUCGUCCACCCGCUUCUCCCUCCCCUCCGCGCCCUCCAUCAGCACCAAUGCUGGUGCAUCCAAGCCUGCCGCGCCCCGCCAGACAAUCUACGACCGGCCCCUCAACAAGACGCGCGCAGGGGAGGUCAGCGCGAGCGCGUUUGCCUUCCUCUUCUCCGAGGUCGUGCAGUACACCCAGAAACGCGUCAACGGCAUCAACGACCUCGAACGGAGGCUGAACACGCUCGGCUACCGGGUAGGCAUGCGCGUCCUCGAGCUCAUGUCCUGGCGCAACGAGGCCACCGCCAAAGCCCCCAAGCGCGAGAUCCGCUUCCUCCCCGCCCUCAUGUCCAUCCACACCCAGGUCUGGCGCGCCGUCUUCGGCAAGCCCGCGGACGCCAUCGAGAAGAGCGUCGAGAACGCCGACGAAUACAUGAUCAUCGACAACGACCCCGCCAUCACACGCAACAUCUCCGUCCCGCGGGACAUGAGCCAGCUCAGCUGCUCCUCCUUCACCGCCGGCGUCGUCGAGGCCGUCCUCGACGGCCUGGGCUUCGUGAUGCCCAACCGCACCACGUCGGUUCUCGACCGCGAGGAGGCGCUCAAGACGUGA